AUGUACCGCUCCGAAAUAUCCGCCAAAAUUUUGGAAAACCCAAAUUUGGUGGAUAAAAUCGUUGUAAUUAUCUUGCCAAAUUAUUUCUACGAAUAUGAAGGUUUUCUUCAACAUUUACUUCGAGAGAAUUUCGGGAUCAUUGAGGUGAGCAUUUUGUUUUGUUUUUUGAAUGAAAGUUUUCAAAAUUUUCCAGAAGUCUGUGAAAAAUUUCAAACGAAAUGAUAUAAUGGAAUGGAGAAGUUCGGAUUUGGAAUCGCAAGAUAUUUGGGGAUUGGCUGAAAAAAUCACAUCUGGUCCGUGUAUGGUUUUAUUAUGCGAAAGAGCAAAUGCAUUUCUUGAGAUGAGAGAACUUUCAAAAUAUCACAAUGACAUCUCAAAAAAGUUAGUUUGCAUUCAUUUUUUUUCAUUUUCAAAAAUGAAGUUUUUUAUAGAAUGAGUUCUUCAACUGGAAUUUAUUUCUCAAGAUCAACGAUUGCCGCUUAUCAAGAUAUCGCAUUUUUCUACCCGAAACGUAAGUAACUUAUUUUUAGAAAUUAUUUAUUCUAAUUUUUUGAUUUUCUAGAUAUAAAUGAGAAAGAGAUGAUAAAACAUGCGCAAAAUUAUUUAUCUGUGGAAGUUUGGCCGAAAUUAAGUGAAGCUUUGGCUCGAGUGGCUGUUGAGAAACCCGAAAAUCCUAUAAAAUGGUUAGCAGAAUAUUUGAAGACUCGGUAA